GAGUGCGCCGCCCUCCAAGACGACGAGCUGGUGGCGCUCGAGGCAAUCUACCCUCCUGAGCAGCUGAGAAUCGUUCGGAAGAGUGGCGAACGGCAGACAGAGGUCACCUUCAAUGUUCCUGUCUCUCUUCACAAAGAGACGGAUGUGUAUAUACAAGUCGAUGGGAAGCCAGGGGAGGAUCUGCCGCCACUACGCUUGCUGCACCUACCGCCACUGGCCCUUACGGUCUCGCUACCUCCUUUAUACCCACUCCAAGAGCCGCCGCGCAUCGUAAGGCUAGCUGCCCCAUGGAUCUCAGACGUCAGCUCUUCUCGGGCACAGUGGGUCAGACAGAGGCUGUUGGAGCAGUGGCAAGAGGUACAGGGCGAGGUUCUUUGGACAUAUGGCGAAUGGGCUCGCGAAGGAUGGGUAGACGAGACCUUGCGCUCUCGGUCCAAUUCACCCUUCUCGAAUGGUAAGACUUCUAAAGGUCUGUACUUUCAACAUUCGAACCACAACACUGCUCCAUCAAAGACCGGGACCCCUCUCACUCGGCCUCUGGGGGACACCCUGUCAGCGUACGACCGCCUGGCUCGCCAAUCUGCCUUCGGCAAGGAACGCUUCCUAUGCUCCAUCUGCUUAGAAGCAAAGAGAGGCGAGGCCUGCACAAGAAUUGAAGCUUGUGGUCACGUCUUCUGUAGAGAGUGUCUGCUGGACUACCUCACCUUGCAUCUUACUGAGGGCUCGCUGAGACUAGCUUUGUCCUGUCCGGAUGCCUCGUGCGUCUCUUCAAAAGCUCUCCUCAAAGCCGGUUCAAUCAGUGUUUCCGAGCUCUCGGACUUUCUGAAGGAGACGCCAAGCCUUCUCACUCGUCUUCGCUUCCUUGAAGAAAAGGAAGCAGCCGAGGCCGAUCCUACCGCCGUACCUUGUCCUCGCCCGGACUGCCAAACACUGACGCCGAAGGACGCAAGUAACGACAAUAGCUCACGAUGGGAGGCAUUUCGACAGUGCCGUACUUGCUCGUACUCGUUCUGCGUAUGGUGCCGUAAGACAUGGCAUGCGCCAUCCCCGUGCUCACUCCCUUCUACGAGCUCACUUCUGGACAAGUACGCUGCUGCUACACCGGAGGUUCGCAGAGCUCUCGAAGCACGAUAUGGUCGCAAGAAUCUUCUACGGUUGAAAGCGCAAUAUGAGGAGGAAAAGGCGAAUCAGGAGUGGCUCAAGGGCAAGACGCAAGCAUGUCCACACUGUUCCUCUCGCAUCGAAAAGUCACUCGGAUGCAACCACAUGACUUGUCAGCACUGUCAGUCGCAUUUUUGCUACCUUUGUGGAAGUAGGCUGAAUGCUGCGCAUCCCUAUCAGCAUUUCAACACGCCCGGCUCGCCGUGCUUCAAUCGACUGUUCGAU